AUGGACAGUGCCGACUAUCCUGUUGUAGCACCUUACGAUGAUUUUGAAGUGCCCGACAGUUUUGGUGUUGUACUGGACAUGUAUAAGGGAACACUUGGUUUCCUCAUCCGAGUUGGCGACAGAAGAUGUUACUUUGGAGAUGCCUUCACUGGGCUGCGUGGGAAGGUGCUAUUUCCCAUCAUCAGCACCAGCUCAGUGCCCUGCCAGGUCACCAUCACUUACAACGGCGGCUUGGACUCGGAACCCCGCUCCUUGAUGGAGAUUUGCAAGAUGUCCAUCAUGCAGACUGUUGAAGAUGACGACCUUGAAAUGAUAGAAGAGCUGGACUUGCCUCAGACAGUUAUUAAGUAUUUAUUAGACUAG